CCUACUCAAGCUCCGGCCAGAACUGCAAUGGAUGAUUGGAGCAGCAGUAACAAACUCAUACAGAGGCUGGAUUUUUCCAGAUGUGGAGAAGACAGUGAGUUGGAAGAGGAUAAUGGUUUAAGAAUGGAAGAUGUGAAGCAUGCCACUCCACAGAAAAAUUGUGAGUUUCAGAACUGGAGGACACAUUCUCCUUUCCCAGUGACCCCUCAGAGACAAUUGAAUGAUUGUUCUCCAGCACGCCCAGGUUCUUGGGUGAAUCCUGUCAGGAGAUGUAGGGACUCUUUGCGAAAGAAAACUGUCCCUUUGGAAGAUUACCCUGGAACUCCUUUGCAUUAUGUUACUUGGCAGAAGCUGCAACUCUGUGAUACCCCGAAUACUCCAAAGAGUCUCUUAAGUAAGACAGCUUUCCCUUCACCUGUGGGAAAAUUUCCCUCCAAAGGGAUGAGGAACUUGCGAUUCACUUCCUGUCCUGACCCAGAGGAGGCUCCUUCAGCUUCUUUGGUUAAUAUUAAUCCGUUUACACCUGAAUCGUAUCGUCAGAUGGUCUUCCAUCCCAGCGGCAAGAGGAAAGCCAGAGGGGAGUCAGAGGAUUCCAACCAAACAAAUGGACCAAUGGAGCUGGGAAUGCCUGCCAAGAGAUUCCUCUUGCGUGAGAGCAACAUGGUUUCCCGCUACAAGAAGGAAUUCCUGGAGCUGGAGAAGAUUGGUGUGGGGGAAUUUGGUUCUGUUUAUAAGUGCAUCAAAAGGCUGGAUGGUUGUGUCUAUGCCAUUAAACGCUCAAAGAAACCCCUUGCUGGCUCCUCAGAUGAGCAGAUGGCUUUGCGGGAAGUCUAUGCGCAUGCAGUGCUUGGUCAUCAUCCCCAUGUUGUCCGUUACUACUCUGCUUGGGCAGAAGAUGAUCACAUGAUCAUACAGAAUGAGCACUGCAAUGGUGGGAGCCUUCAGGAUGUACUUUUGGAAAAUUCAAAGACAGCAGAUCAUUUCAAAGAAUCUGAGCUGAAGGAAAUUUUAUUGCAAGUGUCCAUGGGGCUGAAAUACAUUCACACUUCUGGCCUGGUUCAUAUGGAUAUCAAACCAAGCAAUAUUUUUAUAUGCCAUCGUCUACCUGGGUCUGUGGGUCAAGAGGAGAGUGAUGGGGAGGAUGAUGAAGUUACGACUUCAAACGUGGUAUAUAAAAUUGGGGAUCUUGGACAUGUGACGUCCAUAACCAAUCCACAAGUAGAGGAGGGAGAUUGCCGCUUCUUGGCCAAUGAAGUCUUGCAAGAGCAAUAUUGCUAUCUGCCCAAGGCAGACAUCUUUGCUCUUGCCUUAACUAUUGCUCUGGCGGCAGGUGCUGGCCCGUUGCCUGCCAAUGACACCCCUUGGCACCACAUCCGCAGAGGCACCCUUCCACGUAUCCCUCAGCAACUGUCAUGUGACUUCAUAGAACUGCUCAAGCUUAUGAUUCAUCCUGACCCAGUUGUGAGGCCAUCAGCUGCUGCACUAACCAAGCACCCUCUCCUCCGACCAUCUCUUGGCAAGGCUGCCCAGCUUCAGGAACAGCUCAAUGUGGAGAAAUUCAAAACUGCUAUGCUGGAAAGAGAGCUGAGAGCAGCCCGAGUUGCCCAGGCCUUUCAAAAGGAUCCAUCUUUAGAUCGGACCAGAGCACAAGAAUCUGGAAUCAAUUUAAGGCAUCAGAACACCAAGAAGCGUCUGGUUGGAGGAAAAAAUACUCGAUCUUUUAGUUUUACUGCUAGUGGCUAUCGGGGACCAGGCUAUGCUAGUCACUCAAAUAACUGAAAUGUAUCUCAGUCUGAAAAGUGCCCAUUUACCUAAUAUAUAUAUUUAAGUCAUAUGUUUACCUAAUAUAUCAUGACUCCAAGGAAUCAUGGUGUUGGCUUGGAUCUUUCAGUCUAUGAGAACACUGUAUAAUAUUGUAUUACAACAUAAACCACCUUAAUCCUCUCUGAACCCAACAGCUAUAAAUCAUAAACCCAAUCAGACAUACACUUCAGAAGAGGACAAAACUUUAAGCAGACCAUGACAAAACUUUAAGCAGACCAAAUCUUCAAAAUGAACUUCCUUAAUUUUGAUGCUUUGAUGCAUGGUACUAAUACGUAGUCCCACGAUUCUGGGUGUUAUAUUCCAAUGCAUCAGGAGGAUGUCAAGUCCUUAUUUAAAUUGAUUGGCAUAUUUUCUCCCUUGGAUUUUCUGAAUAUCCAUAGUUUUCUUUGUUCAACUUUUAUAUCCAUUCAAUUUUAAAGACAUCUGGUAUCCUACUGUUUUAUUUUUUUUAAGUCAGAAAUUACCAUUUGCGGAGUGUUUAAAGAGUUGACUUCUUAGGCAGCAGUGGGUAACUGGUGUUCAUGAAAAGAUCUUAAGAAGCUGGGUCCUACCUUGGGGUUCUGUUCCCAACAAAGAACACAACUUGAGCAAAAUAUAUUGUAUUAAACAAGCCGACCAGAUAAAAUUUAAUGAAGUACGGAAGUUGAGGAAAACAUGUCUUCAAAUCAGAUUAUAUCUCCUUCCAAUGCAGUAGCAGGGAGGUUAAACAUAUUUAACAUAUUUGUUCAGAAAGGGUAUGCCUGCUUUAUUUUUGGAUGAGUAAUAGAGAUAUAGAAAAUACAGUUUAGGUGUGAACAUUUGAAGCACAUAGACAGUAAAUCUUUUUUUAAGUCCUACAAUUAUAUUUUGUAAAAAAAAAUAAAGCAAAUCUAAUAAAGCAAAUCUUAUAUGCCAGUCAAAAUGUUCACUACGGAUAGUAUUGCAGGUCCAAAGCUCACUCUUUUAUUUAUAAAUUUAGUUGCAAACUUACUAUAUGAGCUUCCUAGACAUUCCUGAAAAGUCUAGCUGCUGGACAGCCAAUAGUCUACUGAGAUCUUCUUUUAGUUGCACUUGUGAAUAAAACUUUUGAAAUUGUUUAAAGGAUUGUGUAUUUUGCAGACUACUUUACAAGAGAGGGAUGGCAACUUUAUCCACUUUAACACAUUGCUUGGUCUAUUCUGUAGACACAUAAUAACCUGAUGGGAAUGGACAAUCUAAUUCUGCUAGAAGGAAAUGUCAUUGGGUGAAUUGUUAGGAUUGCAUUAAAAUAUUCCUUUGGAGAGGUCAAAGUAGGUAUCGAUAAGUCUAGGUGUGGUAAGGAAUUGUCGCUAGUAAAUUAAAGUCCAGCAAUAGUUAAUGUUUACUUUUUUCAAACCAGUAAAAAUGGAAUAUAUACAAACAAUUUUUGAUAAGAGUGGUUUUGUUUGAAGGUACACCCAUUUCUUGUUUAGCAACUAAGUUCUAUCCCAUUUGACUAGGUUAUUAAGCGA